AUGAGCGUGCGCAAGGCGCACAACUCCGGCCGCAACCACCUCCGCAACGUGGUGGAAUACUAUCAGCAGAUCGGCCAAGAGAAGGCCCAAUCAGUCAUUGACUCCAUUACCUCCUCCUACGCCGCAGAGGGCAAGGCCGUCCCCAAUCCCGCAAUGGUCCCUCCCGGCGCAUUCCCGCCUCCAUUCGGCUUCCCAGGUGGACAUCCAGGCCAAGUCCCCCCUCCACCUUUCGGUAUCCCACCCCCCGGAGCCCCAGGCGCCCCAGGAAUGCCGCCUCUCCUCCCCGGUGGCCGUGGCAUGCCCUUCCCACCAUUCCCGCCGAACGCCUCCGGUACCCCGCCCCAAGGCGGUUUCCCUCCGCCACUCCCUAACAUGCCCAACAUGCCCCCCGGCGCGGGCAACCUGCCUCCACCCCCGCCAGGUGGAUUCCCGAAUUUCUCUAUCCCCCCGCCCGGUGCUGCAGUGGACCGCGAGGCUCGGAUGCCUAUCCACCACCUCCCGGCGGAGGACCUCCUCCUGGCCGGGGAGAUCGGUGGUGAUUUAUUCUAA